AUGAUAUCUCGUGUGUUGUGUUUUCUCGCUUUGGUGUUGAGUGUUGCAUCUCUGUGUGUGACAGCUGAGACGGAUUCUUCUCAUGCAGUUGAUUCUGGUAUUACUUGCGCUGAAGGUCAGACUCUUUCUCCUGAUAAUACUUGUAAACCUGCUGGUGCCCUAACACCUCCUCCUCCGCCUCUUCCUGGUGGUAUUCCUUGUAAUGGAGGCACGACUGGUCAAGAGUGUAGUGAUAACCCCGGUAGACCUGAAGCUGGUGUUCCUGAUGAGUGUACGGAACCAUCACGGACAGACAAAUGCGCAACCAUUAGUGAUAUCACUAAAGGCAAUUGUCCUGAUGGAACUGGUCCCUCUUGUUCUCCAACCAGACGAACAGAACAGGGUCCUCAAGGUGAACGAGGCUCUACUGGUACUGCUGGUCCAGCUGCUUCCCCUGGUACUUGUACUGGUGCUGACGGUAGUACUAGCAGUACUUGUUCGAGUACUGCUGGUGGUUCAUCUGGUGGUGGUGAUGGUAAUAAUCAACUUCCCGCGGAAGCAUCUGCACCAUCUGGAACACCAAAACAACCUGCCGGAAGUAAUCCUGAGCAAGGUUCUCAACGUACUUCAGGUGAACCUGGUACUGAAGCUUCUGAUUCUCACGGUAAAGGAGCUGCAGCUGCUGGUGCCGGUUCUGGUGCUGUUGCCUCUGAGGGGAGUGGUAGUGUGCCUGCAGGUGCCCCGCAAUCUGAAGAGAGUGGAAGAAGUGAAAAUGGAGCAGCGACUCCACGUUCUCCUACCACUUCAGACACAGAAGGUGGCAGUGGUUCCAGUGCUGCAACGAAUGAGCACGAACGUACAUCUGCAGAGGGUGAAACAACAGGCACCCAAGAAGGAAAUGUGGGAAAUACAGAUACAACCACCUCCACCACCACCACAACAACAACAACACUUCCUCCUGAACUCUCAAACAACAAGAAGGGUGAUGCAGACAGCAGCAGCAGUAUCAUCAGUUCUGUGUGGGUGCGUGUACCACUACUGAUUGUGGUUACACUGGCCUGUAUUCUUGUGUGCUGA